AUGUUGGAUCAGUUUCAACCAUUUAUGCACGACUUCAUUGAUAAGAUUGUUGAUGUCGAAGCUGAUGGUAACUGUGGAUAUCAGUCGGUUGCCGGUUUAUUAGGUAUGGGUGAAGACUCUUGGUCGAUGGUCCGCUACCAUCUUCUUAAAGAACUUGGGAAAUUCUCAGAAGACUAUAGCCGACUCUUUGGUGGCAUGGAGAGAUUUGAGGAGUUAAGGAUGUCACUACAUGUUGAUGGGUUAACCAAGGUGACUACGGAUAAAUGGAUAGAUAUAACGGACAUGGGACAUGUCAUUGCAUCAAGAUAUAAUGCGAAGCCAUGGCCAACUCCAUAUAUUAGCAGAAUGCAGUAUGGCAAGAGCUUUGUGAUGUUUAAGAGAGACUAUGUUGACAUAAAUGAUGAUUGA